CCUCCCCCUCCCACCCUCGGCCACCUCCAAAAGCUUUCAUUCACAUUGGGAAUGAUUUCUACUUAUCCCACGAGACAAGGAAGGCAAGCCACCUACUCGCCUCUACCGAGCUUUGGCACAAACACAGCCCAACAUCUAGCUGUUUUAGAGCUAGAGGUGUCGAAGACAGCCACAUCAUUGGUUAAUUGCUGCACUACCUCUAGUAGCUCCCCUAGCUCAGCUCUUCUUUACCUACACUCCAUUGCCUUGCCCUGCCCUUGCCCUUCCCUCUGCCUUUGCACCCUGCUUUCCCAAGCUCCUACGACUACGAGUAGUCUGCUACUGCCUGCCCUCCGAUCUUCGUGGAUGCAGUCCUUGAUUUUCUCUAUUCUCUCUUUCCUCUCUCCUCCUUCACACGACGACACAAAGCCAGAUAUCUCCUUCAACAUCUCCAGCGUUACCUGUUGAGAAUUGGAAUUACAGUCAACAUGGCGCUCUGGGGCAACAAAAACGAUGACGAUCCUGACAGACCAGUCUCGCAGAAUGGAGACUCUAGCAGUCAUGUUGUGCAGCCCCGUGUCUCUGAGGCCGACGAGCGAACGCGCUUGCUUCCACCUCCAUCCCAAGGAUACCUCAGUCCUGAUGACCCUGCUGUGUCACCUUACAAUUUAUGGAGCGUACGAUUCCUGCGCUACUUCACUGUCUUCUUCGCAGUCAUAACCUUCCUCUGGUGGGUUCUGUUGUUGGUAUCCAUCUUCGUCAGUCCACCAGGCAUGCACUCUCGUGGAUCUGGGUUCUUCGACUUCUCAUACACGACAUUGACACUUGGACUUCUGAUUCUCAGCCUCCUGUUCUUCUCGUCUCCUUCAAAGGCUGCACAAGUCUCUUGCUUGAUUGUUGCAGUAGUUUUGUUGCUCGACUCUAUUUUGAUUGUCUCUGUUCCAAGACUUCGAGUUGAGGAAGGCUGGGUUGGAAUUGCAAGCGUCCUGUGGGCUCUCCUGAUCGCUGUUUGGACCGUCACCACAGACCGUAUAGUCGCAUGGGGCAAACGAGAGGAGGAAGAACGUCUCACUGGUCGCGCGGAGUCUCGACGUACGCUGGGAGAAUGGACCUCGGUCUUUGUAUCUACAGUCUUCCUUGUUAUUAUGGCUGUGGUAGCGGUCCUUUUGACUGCAACGCUCAUCCUCCGCGCUCGUGACGCUUCUCUAGCCGCUCCAGGGAAUAGAUACUAUGUUGACGGAGACAAAUACCAAAUCCACGUCUUCUGCGAGGGUAGCACGAACAGUACCAAUGCUUCUGGAAAGAAGGUUCCAACUGUUCUUUUCGAAGCUGGCGACGGACCAUUUGAGAGUGGCAUGAUGGUUAUUGCUGAGAAUGCGCUCGCUAAUGGGAGCAUCUCCCGAUACUGCUACUCCGAUAGACCAGGAUUCGGGUGGUCUGACAAUGCACCAUCUCCAUUCUCUGCUGGCAUGGCAGCUGAUGUCCUAUCUGAGGCUCUCGCUCGUGCUGGCGAAGACGGACCAUGGGUUCUGGCCAGUGCAGGAGUUGGAAGUAUAUAUAGUCGAAUUUUCUCUUCCCGGCACGGCACCGCGAUCAAAGGACUUCUGAUGGUUGAUCCUCUCCACGAAGAUUUACUUUAUCGCCUUGGUUCCCCUCACCGAGGUUUCCUUCUCUGGGCUUGGGGCAUCAUCUCCCCACUUGGGCUGGACCGCACCCCAGCAGCAAUAUUCAAAGGACGUUCUCGCGAAGACCGUGUCUACGGACGUUCAGCAUAUCAGAAUGGAAAAUACAUCAAGGCAAAGCUUCAAGAAGCUCUUGUUGCCGACUCCUUGACCAAGAAUGAAGUCAGCAGCGCCAGACAUAUCCAGCUUGAGAAAACCCCAUUGGCUCUCGUCAGCUCUGGCAUUGAGAUGAAGAGGGAUAGACAAUGGGGCAAGAAGCAGGAGGAUUUGAGCCACUUGACUAAGAAACUCAUCAGCUGGGAUAUUGUUAGCAAAGCACCAUCCGAGGUCUGGAAGACAUAUGAUGGACGCCAUGUCAUCGAGAAGAGGCUGAAGGAGUUGGUAAACGCAUAAUUUGAUCGAUAAGGAAAGGAGAUCGGGAAAUUGGAACGAGAUGGGACAGGAUAGGACCGGAUGUUACCAGGAAAGAAGCAGAGGAGUUGCAGCUCCGCGGGUACACUGCCGCAUAUGUAUCUUUCCUGCAUUUUCAAGCAUGGUGCUGGGGAAAUGUCAUCUGUGUUUGUGUUGCGCUUUUCUGUUAUGCAAUUACGAUAAUUUGAACAAACAAUCUUGCGUGUAGAUAGUAUAAUAACAAGAAAUUUCUUACUGGUAUUAGCA